UUUAGGGUUAUAAAAGAUAAUAGAAGAGAAGAGAGAUAGAAUAAGAAAGAAGAGAAAGAAACAAUGGGAAAAGGGAGGUUAGAGUUGAAGAGAAUAGAGAACAAAAUAAACAGGCAAGUCACCUUUGCCAAGAGAAGAAAUGGGCUUCUCAAGAAAGCUUACGAGCUUUCUGUUCUCUGCGAUGCUGAGGUUGCUCUCAUCGUCUUCUCCACUCGUGGCAAGCUCUAUGAGUUCUCCAGCACCUCAAGCAUGUUGAAGACACUUGAGAGGUAUGAGAAAUGCAGUUUUGGUCCACCGGAACAAAGAAAGCCGGCGAAAGAGGAUCUUCAGGAACAAAGCAGUUACCAGGAAUACAUGAGGCUUAAAGAGCGCUACGACGCUCUGAAACAACUCGAAAGGAAUUACUAUGGCGAGGAGAUAGACUCCUUAACUAUCAACGAGCUCGAGUCGCUUGAAAGACAACUUAAUUGUUCAUUGAAACAGAUUAGAACAAUAAGGACUCAAUCGCUGCUGGAUAAGCUCUAUGAACAACAGAAGAUGGAACACCAACUUUACGAGUCCAACAAGACCCUUCGACUAAGAUGGUCACAGAUAGAAGAAGAAAGCCAAGCAGAGGCGCUCCAAUGGGAUGCACACGCACAUGCAAAUGGCAUGAUUUAUGGGCAUCAUCAACACCAACUGUCUCAACCCACACGUGACGCCUUCUAUCACGCAACUGGCUGUAAAACUACUUUGCAAAUUGGGUACCAAACGGAACAAAUGUCUGGGGUGACCUCUACGAACGUGAACCAUCAAAUGCAAGGUUGGCCAGCUUGAAAUUAACAAGAUUCAGUCUUUUGUUGCUAAAUCUGAUUUACUACAUAUGGUGUUGCAUGUUGGGGAAAAUUUGUUCUAUCUAAUCUUAAAUUUGAUAUGUUUAUGUUUAACCGAAUUUAGAGUCAAUCUAUCAAACUGUAUUAAUUUGUGGUGUAACCAAUUCGGUUUUAAGGAACAUACUUUGCUUUUUCUGAUC